UCAGCUACCUGACCUCCAGAUUCAGCCGUUAUCAUCACCGUCUAGAACUUCAUAGAACGCCGGAUUCGAUGAAAGAAGUCGAAAGGAACUUCGUAUUUUCCCGCAUAGUCCUCAUGUUAACCACGCCCGUAAGUGCCUCAAAUCGAUCCGUCCGAUCUCAUCAGCUCCGCUUGGACAUACCCACUAGAUCUAGCCAGAUUAUCGAGAUACCGACUCCUCGUAAAGCUUACCUUACACAGCCCAACCCUGUGUGUCCCGCUGCCGCCAAGAAACCACUCAGGGCGUGGCUAGAUAGGUGCUUCUGAUUGUAUCCCAACAGCCCAUCAAGCCCAAGUUGAGGGGGGAUAGACAAGAUGCCCUUAGGAGCUAUGCUACACCCCGAGAUCGCCCGGGGGGUCACAACGUCGUCAGGGAUAUUGGAAAGAAC